UGUGUGUGUAGAAGAAGAAGCCGUCCAGGAAGCGGCAGCAGCAGGAGGCGUCGUCGGCCGGAGAGGCCAUCGAGCGGAUGCUGGAGAAGAAGAAGAUCUCCAGUAAGAUCAACUACGACGUCCUCAGAGACCUGAACCGAGGGGACAGAGGGGACGGAGGGGACGCAGGGGACGCCGCCGGAGGCUCCGCCCCCCGGCCCCCCCGAGCCCGGCUCCGCCCCCGGCGACGCCCCCGUCGGCGCCAGCGUAACCGGAGCACCGAGGCCGACUGGGAGUUCGCCGCCAACACCACCAUGAUGGGCAAGAGGUUCCGUCGUCUCAUUUCUGCAAAGUCAAAGAGGAAAAACCCCGAUCCCCCGGUGGAGAGCCCCGUCACCAUGGAAACAGCGGUGAUGGACGUGUCUUCUGCGGGACACACAUGUCAACCAGAGGCCGACUGUAGCUCCGCCCCCUCCAGGACUCCGCCCCCUGUGGAGGAGGAGGAGGAGGAGGAGGUGGAGGAGGUGGAGGAGGAGUGUGUCAGCGCUCUGCAGCUGGUCGGAGAUUAUGGGUGUGAAGCAGAGGAGGAGGAGGUCUUUUAGCUCCGCCCACUGGUGCGAGGACGGGGAGGUCUUUUGGCUCCGCCCACUGGUGCGAGGACGAGGUCUUUUGGCUCCGCCCACUGGUGCGAGGACGAGGUCUUUUGGCUCCGCCCACUGGUGCGAGGACGAGGUCUUUUGGCUCCGCCCACUGGCCGGCCGCCAGCUGUUUGUUUGUUUACAUGUCUGAUAUUAUUUUUCUAUCACAAUGAGACCAAAUUCCUUCAGAAUAAAGCGCUUGAGCCUCACCUGC